AAAAAGAAAAAAACUCGGAGCCUCCUUCUUUCUCUCUCCAAGGCGAGGCAGUAAGGCACCCAAAAAGAGGAAAAGAGGAGAAUCCCCCCCCAAUACCCUCUUUCUCUUCCUUCCAAUCCCCCGCUCUUUCCUUCUUCCCUCGUUCCCACCCCUUGUCUCAUCUUUCGAAAGUUUUAAUUUUUAGAAAGCUACUCUCUUCCUCUCCCUUCCAAUCCCCCACUCUUUCCUCCUUCUCUCGUUUCCUCCUCUUGCCUCAUCUUUGGAAAGUUUUUAUUUUUAGGAAGCUCGGUGCGUCAUUGGCCUAAUCCUCGCCUUCUUUGUUUCUUUUUUGUUUUUCUUCUUCUUCAAUCUCUCUUUCCUUUUUAUGGCGGGAAGAAGCUUCAAAUUGGGGGGUAAUUAGAGGAGGGUUCUGAGAGUCCGAGAGGUGGCUGGGAUUGUUUCUCUCUUUAGAGAUGGGUGCGAACGCGAACCCGUCGGGGAAUCAGGAUUGGACCCAUGGGGGGGCCCCUUCCUUGCAAGGCGGCGGCGAUGGAGGUGGCGGAGGAGGUGGAGGGGCCGCCUCCGGGAACCCGAGCAACGGCAGCGCGACGGCGGCGGGUGGGAAUUUGGGCACCGCGCAGGCGUUGAAGCAUAAUCCUGGCAUUUCGAUGGAGUGGUCGGCGGAGGAUCAGGCCAUCUUGGAAGAAGGGCUGAACAAAUAUGCGUCUGAAUCAACUAUAGUUCGUUAUGCAAAAAUUGCCAUGCAGCUGAAGGAUAAAACAGUCCGAGAUGUGGUCCUGCGGUGCAGAUGGAUGACUAAAAAGGAAAGUGGCAAGAGGAGGAAAGAGGAUCAUAACUUGUCAAGGAAAAGCAAAGAUAAAAAGGAAAGGGUUGCAGACCAUUCCGCAAAACCACCAGCUAACUUAGUAGCACGCCCUAAUGUUCCUCCAUAUGCUCCACCUAUGCUUCCUGCAGAUGAUGAUGAAAUUUCAUAUAAAGAAAUUGGUGGUCCAACAGGACAGCUCCUGGAACAUAAUGCUCAGGUUUUCAGUCAAAUUUCCGCAAACCUUGGCAACUUUCAGAUACAGGAAAACAUCAGUCUUUUUUGCCAAACACGGGACAAUAUUCUUACAAUCUUGAAAGAUUUGGACAAUAUGCCUGAAACAAUGAAGCAGAUGCCCCCACUUCCAGUGAAGAUGAACGAGGAGUUGGCCCACUCUAUCCUUCCAAGGACAACUAUGCCAAUGCAAACAUGAUAUCAGAUAUGUGGAUGAUCGUAUACCUUGUUCGCCAUCUCUGUCGCAAGAACAAAUAAAGGCGCCAGUCUGAUCUAGUCCUAGCUCAUUUUUCCUAGUAGGAAAUUAUCAGCUUAACCCUUCCGUGUCUAUUUAUUCCUAGUUGGUCAUAACAUAUAUUUCUAGGCAUAAAAGUUAGAUAUUUUUGUAAGAAAUGUUCGUUGAACCGAGACAAAGGAUUAGCUUUAUCUGCUUAUAAUUUGAAUGGGUGUUCUCGAGAAUCCUCCAGUGUAGGUUUAUGUCAGAUAAACAUUGCUCGAAUGUUUUAAGAGAUUAAGAAAUCAUAAUUUUGCAACAC